AAAAUAAAUAGUUUGGGCUUUAGCCGGUAGUCCAACUACCCAAUCAUUUGGGCUUUCCCGUUUCACGGAAUAGCUUUUCCGAUGACUAUCCGACCGGUUUCGUUCAUUCUUUCACGAUUUUCAAAGCCGAAAGCGGAAAAGAAGCAAACAUAAAGCAAAUCCACCAAGCUGUAUUUGCAGAAGGAUCAAGGCAAUAGCUACAGAGUAAAGCAAUGGCAGCACUUCCAACAAGGAGAAGACGUCCGUCGGAAUACGAUCGUUUGUUGCCUUCAACAUCGGCCGAUGCGGAUGGUUAUACGAAGGUAGACAAGCCAGCGGAGAAACCGGGGGUUGAGGUGGAUAAAGGUCUGUCAUGGACAUUUCCUAUAUUUGCCCUAGGGAUAUUAAGGUAUUUGAGUGCAACUACGAAUAUCGUUCAUGACUGUGAUGAAGUGUUCAAUUAUUGGGAGCCUCUUCAUUUCCUCCUUUACAAAUCAGGUUUUCAGACUUGGGAGUACAGUUCUCAGUUUGCAUUGCGUUCAUACCUCUACAUUCUGUUUCAUUACAUGGUGGGUUGGCCAGCUUCACAGAUGUAUAAUUGGCUAGAUGAGGAAAAAGUAAGAGUAUUCUAUGCUGUGAGAAUCUUUCUUGGCCUUCUUUCUGUCAUAUCUGAAGCUGCUUUAGUAGUAGCACUUUCUAGAAAGUAUGGGAAACGCCUUGCUUGUUACACACUCUCCCUCUUAUGCUUAACAAGUGGUUGCUUUUUUGCUAGCACAAGUUUUUUGCCAAGUUCUUUUUCUAUGUAUGCAAUUUCUCUCUCUUCAGCAUUGUUUCUUUUUGGGAUGCAUGCCAUGGCUGUGGCUGUUGCAGCAACUGGAGUUAUUCUUGGUUGGCCAUUUUCAGUCCUUGCUUUUCUUCCAGUAACAGUCUACUCUCUACUUCGAAAAUUCAAAAGGGCGUUUAUAUCAGGGGCGUUUACGUCAAUUACUCUUUUGAUAAUUUCGGUAGUUGUGGAUUAUUAUUACUAUGGGAAAUGGACAUCUUCUGUUAUGAAUCUGUUGGUGUAUAAUGUUUUAGGAGGUGGAGAGAGUCAUUUAUAUGGAACUGAAGGGGCUUUAUUUUACUUGAAGAAUGGAUUUAAUAACUUCAAUUUUGCUCUUGUUUUUGCAAUGAUGUUUGUGGUUCUUCUGCCAUUUACAAAGAAGAAAUUCGCCCCUGAUAUGGUGAUUGUUGUGUCUCCUGUUUAUAUUUGGCUGGCUUUCAUGUCUCUACAACCCCACAAAGAAGAAAGGUUUCUUUAUCCUAUAUACCCUCUUAUAUGUGUUGCGGCUGCAGCUGUUAUUGAGAGUAUUCCUGAUUUCUUUUUUGAUCGUUAUAGAACUGAACAAUCUUUUCUCCACAACAUGGCUAAAUACUUGAGACCAUUACUUAUUGGUCUGAUUCUAUGUGUUUCUCACUCUAGAACAUUCUCUAUCAUAAAUGGUUAUGCCGCUCCUUUAGAGAUUUACAAACACUUUCAACAUCAUGAUGAUGCUGGAACAGGUGCGACUGUGUGUGUGGGAAGUGGAACCAAAGCAUCACCUCCAUAUUUCAAUAAUAAAAACAAAGCGUCACAUGAUCAAUUCCUUCAAGAUGUCGAAAAGUGUGAUUUCCUUGUUGAGCUUCAACUCCAACGACCCUUUCCUUCUCGUGGAAGCGACUUAUCCAAAUGGGAGGUGGUGGCUGCGUUACCAUAUUUGGAUAGGGAACUAUCACCGGCUUUACACAGAUCGUUUUUCAUACCGUAUGUGUGGGAGGAGAAAAAUGUGUUUGGGAUGUAUAAGUUGUUGAAGAGACAUAAAUAAAUAAAUAAAUAUUAAAGAGAGAGAAACAAUAGCCACUUGUUAGAUUCACUAGUUUUAGGGUUGAUGAUUCAUGAUUGACCUUCUUUUUCAAGUAUUAGGGAUUUCUUUCUUUUAUAAAACUUUGUUGGGUUAUUAUCACAU